GGAGCGAUUGCUUGGCUAGCCAAUGGGAAACCGGUUUCCGGUAAUGGACAGGUGAAUCAGCCAGUGAGAGGAAGAGUUGUCUCUGCGGAAGCUGCCUCGGUGUCCGAGUGGUUUCCUAGCCGCUCUUAUGGCUUCGCUACGCGGCCUGCUAUUGCUAGUGCUGCCCCUUGUAUCAGGUGGGAUAAAUCAGCCUCAGGACUCGGAGCUGACCUUCCUGCUACCGGCUGGGAGACAGGAGUGUUUCUACCAAACGGCCCUUUAUAAUGGCAGCAUGGAGGUGGAGUACCAGGUGAUUGGCGGGGCAGGACUGGAUGUGGAUUUCUCUGUCACUACCCCUUCGGGGGUACGGCUGAUUAUGGAGCACAGGCGAUCUGAUGGGGUACAUACGGUGGAACCCACCGAAGCUGGAGAUUAUAUGAUAUGCUUUGACAAUUCAUUUAGCACCAUCUCUGAGAAGCUGGUCUUCUUUGAGUUGAUAUUUGAUACUCAGCAGGGGGACGAUGAACCGGACAGUUGGGCGGACAUUGUAGAGCCAGAUGAACUCUUAGAUAUAAAGAUAGAGGAUAUCAAGGAGUCCAUAGAGAGUAUGAAGUCCAGGCUGGAGCGGAGCAUGCAAAUGCAGACAGUUCUGCGAGCCUUUGAAGCCAGAGACCGCAACCUACAGGAGAGCAAUCUGGAGAGGGUCAACUUCUGGUCAGCUGUGAACGUUGGCGUACUGGUCACUGUCGCCUUCCUCCAGGUGUACAUGCUAAAGAGCCUCUUUUAUGACAAGCGCAAGAUUCAGACGUAAUACCAGGAUAAUUCUCCAUUUUAGUCCAGUCAUUUCUAAUCCACAGUCUUCCACAAGGUCACCAAGCCAGACUUUCAGUUGCCACUUGAAUGAGAUCCACGUUCGAAUGAAAAGCACAAAGAUCCGUUCCGGUCCUGCAGUCUGCAUCAGAUGGAUAGUGACGUAGUACGUUGGUAUACAGGAGCCAUAUGUUAAAUUAACAUGGGGGCUCUAAUUUCCGUUCAUUUCAGGAUGACUAGCAAUUUCCCUGUUCCCAACAAGGAUGGAAUUGACCGUAAAUCUGGCAGUUUGGAGUUCAUUGUGGCAGUGUCAUACUAGGCCAGUCUACAGCGGAUUCAGUGGAGGGGCCUUAUUAACUAAACUGGUGCAACUAACAAUACUAUAAUCCAAGGCACCUAAACAGCUUGCAGCCUUGUAUAAUUUGGCUCACAAAAGCUUAUAUCCUAUUGCUAUGGGUUACAGCAUGGGUCUUUUAACCUGCAGCCCUCCAGCUGCUGUGGAACUACACAUCCCAGCAUGCCCUGCCUCAGGUUUAGCAUGCCUUAAUAGCAAAAAUGUGGCAUGGCAUGCUGGGAUGUGUAGUUCCACAGCAGCUGGAGGGCCGCAAGUUGAAGACCCAUGGGUUACAGUAUACCAUUGCUUUUUGCACCAGAUUAGUAAAUAUGUUCCACAGUGUCACGUUUGUCUUCUUAAUAGACCAGCCUGGGAUUUAAUUAUAAUGCACUGACAGCAUAAUGUAGAUUACUGCACAGUUUAGACUCUUAUCUUGAAUGGACUUUUGAUUAGUGUAAGGGAUUCUGAUGUGCCAACAGCAUUGUUUGUAAGGCAAUAAUGUAUUUAGCAUCAAGACUUUAGGUUUAGUCUUAUUCUAUACAAAACAUUACUUUACAGUUAGUAAAGUAUAAAUCUGUCUUAUUACAAGUAUAUUACUUGUAGAGAUGAGCAAAAGACUUCUCAUUCUCUGGUCAGAACAUGGUGCCAGUUUCAGUGACUGCACCACACAGAUCAUUAAUGGUCAUCGUCCCAGAUCUAGUCUAUCAAUUCAUCUAAAUGCAAAUGUACAAAGACAGGGCCUAGUGCAGCAUGGAUCGCUAAAUUGCAAAAACGUCAAUCUGCCGAUUAUUGGCAGACUGCGCGUGCUCGAAGACUGAAUUGCGAUUGCCGUCCAUUUGCAGGUUUAGUGAGAUGCGAUUGCAAUUUGACAGGAAGUGACCGCUUGUGGGAGGCAGCAUGGCGUUUGUGGGGAGUGGCUGGGAAAAGGCAGGUGGGUCAUGGCUGUAUUUGGGGCGUAUAUGUGACGUCAGCUGCGAUCGCUUGCGAUUAAAAACAUGGCACCGGUGCGACUGCAUCUGCAUUAUUCUGAGUAGGCCUGGGUCAACUGCAGCUGUCGAUGGUACUCUGUUUCUGCGCGUGGAUCACGAUUCUGCGACUGAGUACGCAGAGUUGCAAUUGCAUCGGUGGGCGACUUUUACCACUUCACAUGUGAUUUUUAGCAGUAGCGGUUUUGAGACAUUCUCAAUAGCGAUCCAUGCUGAGUUAGGCCCAGAGUGCAGAGUAAUAUACAGCAGAAUGCAGUAGUCGUCACUGGAACUUUGGUUUUUGGCAUAUCUGCCUGUUCUACUGCCCAACUGUAUUUGCACAACAUUUUUAUCUAAUUACUUGCUCUGUAAUACACAGGGUUUGAUAUCUAUUAAAGAUCAAGUCGCUUCAGUUGGACUUUA